GGUAACGCAAAUUUUAAGUUCGAAGUUCGAUUGUUCAGUUUUUUCUUGAUAAAGACCAUUGAAUAUGGUCGAAAACGUUAGAAUGUAUCUAUUAAAUUUUGGCUGCAUAUGUAAAUGUUUUUUGAGUGUAUUUAGUUAAGAAAUGCAGUCUCUGACGAGUUAUGGAAGUAAACCACGAUUAACUGUAUACGAACUUCCAGUCUACUCCAGAAAUCAUGUGAAUUCAGUUCAAAAUUUUUCCCGUGAGAGAAGUUAGAUAAAAAGCAUGACUCUAAGGGGAAAACUAUGGUGUACAGAGGCAAGACACCACUAAAAUCGAAAGCAUUGUGACGACGUCACAAUAAAUAAUAAAUCGCUCGUAUUCUAAUUAGAAUUGCAAUGAGAAUGACUUAAUCGCAAAUUCUUUCUUAAUUAUAAAUUAAUUUAUAUAAUCAACUAGUUAUAUUUAUUAAUUGUGCAUGUAAACGUUGUUAUGAUAUUUGUUAUUAUAUAUUCAAAACGCAAAAAUGUCGACAUUUCCACUUUAAUAACGAAAAAGUAUCUUGACAUUUUUGGAUGCUGUUUUUCUCAAUAUAAAGCGAAUUCAUGAUUUUACAGAGAUUGGAGAAUUUCGGUUGAAAUGUUGAAAACUUUAAUGCAAAAGGAACCAGAUUACGUCUUUCAUCCCCACUACAUGGCACCACGUUACCUAGCUCUUCCACGGUCUCUGCUGUAACCAUAUGCCCGGGCUCUACCGAUCUAAACCAAUUGUAGUUUCGUUUCGUCCACAUCCAUCCAAAGAAGAUGUGAUAAAGUUUAGCAAAAUUUAUUUUGUAAGCGAUUUUACGAUUUCUCCGAAUGAAACACAUGAACAUUUAUCAUUUCCUUUUUCCACCCUCUGUAAGUACAAGAAAUUCAGAUGUGAAUUUGCCAAACUAAAUGGAACUGACUUCGUUGAUUCUGUAGAACAAGUAAAAAAUGGGGACGCCGACAUCACCGGCCAGUUCCAGUUAGUUAAUGCUGAUAUGAGUGACGUUGUGGAGUUUACUCCAAUUAACAAGUUUUCCCCUUUGCAAUUCGUCAUUAAAAACAAGAAUUUUGAACCUUCCUGGAAAUCACUAAUUUCUCCUUUCUCUUUUUGGGUGUGGCUGGUGAUUUUCUUGUGUACUUUGGUCGCUGGAAUACUCAUAUUUAUAAUACUCAGUUACGAUAAAUCAACAGAAGACAAGAACAAGGGUUGGAAUAAAAGAAGGUUCGUUUGGUUUCUGUUCGGAAGUUUUCUCAAUCAAGGAGCCGAUUUGAAAGUCUUUAGACGUUCACCCUCCAGAGUGGCCUUGGUCUUCUGGAUGCUUCCAGUUUUGAUCAUAUGUUGGGCUUAUGGUGGAACCUUAACUUCGUUUAUGAUUACCAAGGAAAAACAGCCAUUGCCGAAAACGUUUGAAGAAUUAGCAUCAGCUAUCCAGAAAGGAGAAUUUACUUGUACUGCACCUGGUCACCCGAGUGUAAUAAGCUUGUUCAAGAAUUCUAAACAAAGUUAUUUGAAAAUUUUAUAUAAAGAGAUUUCAAGCAAUCAUAUCAUCUAUACACACGAUUUGAUUCUCCAAGGGAACGACGAAUCCUUCGAUUACACUCGUGUUGCAUACAUCUAUAGUAUGGUUUACCUGAAAAUUUCCGAUUACGAAAUCGCCUUGGAUGUGACAGUGUCUGACGAUGUAUUAUUUUCCAUGCCGGCAACAUUUGUUAUGAGAAAAGGAUUUUCCCAUAAAGAAUAUUUCAACAAAGUAAUGUACAAUAUAUUCGAAAGUGGCGUUCAAGACCAUGAAAUAGAUGUUGACAUGAGAAAGUACAAUCCGAUUCCGAAAAUUAUUCACGAGAGAGUUGCUAUGAGAAAAGAAAAAGAGUCUGAUGUUGAACCCUUGGUUUUAAGAAAUUUUUAUGGAGCCUUCGCAAUUCUUGUUAUCGGUUACCUUCUGUCGUUCGCUUGCUUCCUUGUCGAAUUAAUAAUUGGAAAUAAAAUGAAAAGAUUCCAAAUUUAAAUUUUACGCAAUUAUACCCUUAACUGUUGUAGUUCGAUAUGUUUCCUUUCG